AUGUUUCUUUCGUCACCUUUGUUUAAGCAAUCUGCUCUUGCUAGAGGAAAGUCGGUCUAUCCAAAAGUCACUGUGUUUUCUGAGGUUAUCCCUCUUGCUUCAAAAAAUAUCAGUAAUUCGAAAAGAGGACGCCCAGCAGCGUCCUCCUGUACGCAGGAGCUGCAAGCCCUCUUCAGUUGUUUGAAGAAAUGGGAAUUUGACGACAAGCCUUGUGAAAAGCAACAUUCCGCUUACAUGGACUGUGUUCACGAGGCAGAACGCCUUACUCAAGAAUACAAAGAGGCAGCAACGAAG